UCCUUGUCUGUCUUUAUUUUAGAGCACUGGAUUUUAUACUCUUGUGAAGUGUCAUUUUCAGACUAAAGAGUCGUUGGAGGUGUUGUCGCCUGGUCGCCGUUUCGUCCCGAUCCCAGUCCGAUUCUCAGUACCACAGAGAGCUCUACUGCGCCUGCGCCGGGAUGGUGCGCGCUUAUAAAAGCCCGGCGCGAAGCUCACGUCUGAAUAAAAAACUGAGGCUACUGCAGGGGUCUCAUGUGAACGGAGUUGCUCAUCCGAAACAGAAAUCGCUCCAGUGGAACGAGGUGGCUGACUUUGGAAGUCCUUCUUUUCACCGCUGUUAGGGAUUUUAAAGCUCGGUGGAUGUGUUUGCAAUGAACUGUAGCCAGCGCCCUCCCGAGGGGGACAUGACCCCAGAGCAGAACGGGUCGAGGAACCAAAGCCUGCAAGACUGGUUACAGCUGCUGUCUCAGGACGAGUCGGAGAUGCACGGCGAUGGUUCCAGAGCCACGCGUGUCCUGAUCGCGACGGUGUACUGUGUUGUGUGCGCCCUGGGACUGGUGGGCAACCUCCUGGCACUUCAUCUACUGCGAUCAAGACAUGCCCGGCAGCAGUCCACGGUCAACGUGCUCGUCAUGGGUUUGACCAUCACGGACCUCCAGUUUGUUUUAACCCUGCCCUUCUGGGCGGUCGACACUGCAAUGGACUUCAGGUGGCCCUUCGGUAAAGUGAUGUGCAAGUUGGUCAGCUCGGUGACAACCAUGAACAUGUAUGCCAGCGUAUUUUUCCUCACAGCUAUGAGUGUCACCCGUUACUGUUCGGUGACUUCAUCGGUAAAAAUGAGCAGACGUUCCCAUGGCUGUUCUGCCAAGUGGGUCAGCUUCUUUAUCUGGUCUAGCGCUUUGCUAGCCACCUUACCUCACGCCAUCUUCUCUACCACCGUCAAGGUGACCGACGAGGAGCUAUGUCUCGUGCGUUUUCCAGACUCCAGUUGGGACCCGCAGCUGCUGCUUGGACUUUAUCAAACCCAGAAGGUUCUUCUUGGCUUCGUCCUUCCUCUCAUCACGAUCUCGGUGUGCUACAUCCUCUUGUUGCGCUUCAUCAUCAGCAAACGAGUUGGAGACGUCAGCGGCGACCACAGCCACGACAAGCGCCGCUCUAAGGUCACCAAAUCCGUCACCAUCGUGGUGCUUGCCUUUUUCAUCUGUUGGCUCCCAAAUCAAGCACUCACCAUGUGGGGCGUUUUCAUUAAGUUUGAUAUCGUUCCGUUCAGCAAGGCUUUUUAUAACGCCCAGGCGUACGCCUUUCCCUUGACAGUAUGCCUCGCUCACACCAACAGCUGCUUGAACCCUGUCCUGUACUGCUUGAUCCGCCGGGAAUUCAGGGCUGCGCUCCGGGACAUACUGCUGCGUCUGGCACCUUCCUGGAAUAUCCGUCUGCCCGCCAUCACCCCCAAGACGAGCGCAUCCGUGGCUCCGGGCGUCAUCCAGACGAGCGUGAGGAGCACAGCGGGCUUGUGCUGCCGGUAGGAGGGCGAGCGGAGGAGGCAGGCAGGCAGGCAGAGUCUGGAAUACUUGAAGGGCUACUCAGGGACUUCUUAUUCUGGGAGACUGCUUUG